AUGGCAUGCUAUCUGCGUGACCUGGGACAACAAAAUGGCACCUAUCAGUUCUUCAAAGAUGGAGCGAUAGUAAAACAAGAGACAGACUUUAUGAAGGGCUACACCAGCAAGGCUGGGGGAUCUCUGGUUCUUGGACAAGAACAAGAUAAUGUCGGCGGCGGCUUCGCCAAAACGCAAAGCUUCCGAGCAACCAUGGAUAACGUUAAUGUGUGGUCCUAUGUCUUGCCGAAAAAAGCUAUCAUUGGUUUUUCUAAAUCUUGCUCCUUUGGAAUGGGGAACGUGUACAAAUGGUCCAAUUUCAAAUACGGUGUCAAAGGAAAAACCGCGGUUGAAAUGCCGUCUUCUUGUUCACCGAUCAACAAUUGA